CGAAUCGUAAAUCCCAUCUCCACCGGGGCAAUGGCAACAGGCGUGGCCGAACCCUUGCCGCCGUCGACGUCCAACGCACCGACCUACUCUUACCCUCCUGUCAUCAUCAUCCUGACCAUCGUCCUCCUGAUCUUCUUCUUCGCGGGAUUCUUCUCCAUCUACUUCUGCCGCUGCUUCAUGCAGAACCUCCUGUGCACGUGGCACCUCCGCCGCAGCGCCACGGCGCCCCCGUCGGGCGGGGCCGCGGGGGGUGCGGCUGGCCCGGGGGGCGCCGGGCUGGACCCGUCGAUCGUGGAGUCGUUCCCGACGUUCACGUACUCGACGGUGAAGGACUACACGAAGGAGAGGUACGGCGUGGAGUGCGCCAUCUGCCUGGUGGAAUUCCGGAGCAGCGACGUCCUCCGCCUCCUCACCGCCUGCUGCCACGUCUUCCACCGCGAGUGCAUCGACCUCUGGCUCGAGUCCCACAAGACCUGCCCCGUCUGCCGCCGCGACCUCAACUCGCCGCUGCAGUCGCCGGUCAAGUCACCCAGGGUGUCGGUUAACGAGGAGGAGGGCGACGAGGGGGCCCGCCAGGACUUGGACAGCUGCAGCGUAACCAUCAAAGAGGAAGACGAGGAGCGGACGAAUAAGGUGACGGAGAGGGAGAAGUUCUCGAGAUCGCACUCGACGGGGCACUCGAUAAAGAGGAAUAGGGAAGGGGAGGAGAAGUAUACGCUGAUAUUGCCGGAGGAGGUGAAGUCGAGCAUCAUAAGUAGGCAUAAUUCGAGCAAGAGUUGGACGAGUUUCGGUGAUUUUAAACAUAACAAUAAUACUAACAGUGUAGCCGUAGCCGAGGCCGAGUCUUCUGGCCUGCCGGCUGGAUCAGACCACAUAGUAUAG